GUUCCUUCCGCCAGCAAAGUGACCAUCACAGAGGUGUGUGUUAGUUAAGCGCCUUACUUUGCUUUUUUCAUCCAACAUGGCUUCAAUUAGCUUACUUGAAGCUUCCGUAACCAUCCUUUGCUUUCUCAUCCUCUUUUACUUACGCUUCAAGAAACAUCGUGGCCGGUUCCUUAGGAACUGGCCGGUUCUCCGGAUGCUCCCUGGUCUGCUCGUGGCGCUCCAGUACCGGAUCUAUGACUACAGCGUUAAGAUUCUUGAAAUCUUUGAUUUAACGUUUCUAUUCAAAGGACCGCCGUUUGCUGGGAUGGAUAUGUUGGUCACGGUUGAUCCUGCUAACAUUCAUCAUAUAAUGAGCUCCAACUUCUCCAACUACAUCAAAGGAUCAGACUUCCAAGAUGUUUUUGAUGUGUUUGGAGACGGGAUAAUCACCACGGACUCGGAGCUAUGGAAGAAUCUGAGGAAGUCUUAUCAAGCCAUGCUCCAUCAUCAAGACUUUCAAAGGUUUUCCAUGAGUACCAUGACAAGUAAACUCAAGGACGGGCUUCUUCCUCUUCUUAAUCAUUUUGCAGAGGAAGGAACAAUUGUGGACUUGCAAGAUGUGUUUGGGAGGCUCACUUUCGAUACAAUCUUAAUCCUCAUAACCGGUUCUGAUCCUAAAUCUCUCUCCAUCGAAAUGCAUGAGGAUGAAUUAGCUAAAGCUCUUAACGAUGUUGGAGAAGGGGUUUUUUAUAGGCAUGUUAAGCCGAAGUUCUUGUGGAAGCUGCAAAACUGGAUGGGAUUGGGACAAGAGAAAAAGAUGAUUGAAGCCAGUGCAACUUUUGACCGUGUGUGUGCGAAAUACAUAUCAGCCAAGAGAGAAGAGAUAAACAGUUCACAAGGGAUUCUUGAUACUUCUGAUGGAGUAACAGAGGAUCUUUUAACUUCCUUCAUGAAGCUAGAUACUACUAAGUACAAGCUCUUGAAUCCGAGUGAUGAUAAGUUCCUCAGAGACACUAUCUUAGCCUUCAUUCUUGCGGGAAGAGAUACAACCGCCUCUGCUCUCUCUUGGUUCUUCUGGCUUCUCUCUGAAAAUCCACACGUGGUAGCCAAGAUUCGUCAAGAGAUCAUCAGCACGGAUCUACCAAGAACUGGAAAUGGCCAAGAAAAUUUGGACAAGAUGGUGUAUUUGCAUGGUGCGUUGUGUGAAGCAAUGAGACUCUAUCCACCAGUUGCCUUUGAGCGCAAGUCUUCUAUCGAACCAGAUGUGCUUCCAAGUGGGCAUAAAGUCGAUGCAAACUCUAAGAUUAUAAUCUGUCUCUAUGCGUUGGGGAGGAUGAGAGCGGUUUGGGGAGAAGACGCAUUGCAAUUCAAGCCAGAGAGAUGGAUUACUGAAAAUGGAGGCUUGAAACAUGAGCCUUCCUUCAAGUUUUUAGCAUUUAAUGCCGGUCCAAGAACUUGUCUAGGUAAGCAACUUGCUAUGACUCAAAUGAAGAUAGUGGUCGUGGAGAUAUUACAAAACUAUGACAUCAAGGUUAUCAAAGGGCAGAAGAUUGAGCCAGUUCUUGGUUUUAUACUGUCAAUGAAGCAUGGACUCAGAGUGACAAUAACACAGAGAUGCUCAGUUUGAAAUUAUUG